AGCGGACACGGAUUCGCGGCAAAUGCAUUUUUAUUUCGGUUCUUUUUUGUCUGUAAGAGGUGUGAGCGGCGCGUCUAAUUGAUUUAAAAUACGAAUAUGCAAAACGCUUGAAGUAGUAGCUUUAAAGCAAAACGAGAAUGGUGUAGAAAAAUUAAAAGCAAAACGAACAAAUAACAGUUAAAUGAGGAACGACGGGCACGGGCUCCACUUAACUGUUGUUUAGUCGAAAAGCGGUGCCAAAAAGGUGGAAAAAAUUAAAGGCAAAAGUGUAUAAGAAACCACGAAAAAAUGUGCAGUUGUGUUAAAAGUUAAAUUGAAUAUUUAUAUGAAAUUUUCAAAAUCAAACAAAAAUUACGCCUCUGUCUGCUGCUUGCGAGCGUUUUGAUAGAAUAGUGUUUGUGCUGUGUGUAUAAAUUGUGUCUACAACAACAGCAGCAACAACAAAAUCAUCAUAGAGCUUGUGUGUGCCGUUUGCAAGGAUCGCGGCCGCCGUCAGGGUAGUUUGUUUGAAUAAAGCCCAUCUACACACAAACACACACACACUCGCAUACACACACGGCAUACGCACAGUUGUGUCUGACUGGAGAGCGCUCUUUUGUGCGCUUUUGCCGCCUGGAAUGCGCUGCUGCAGCAACAGAAAAAGCAACAACAACGACAGCCCAACAACCGCGACGGGCACGUAGUGCACACAAACGCACACAAAUACAAACACACCGCAUCGUGGGUAGAAGAAGGGGAGGAAACGCUUAAUUGUUUGCAACGUCCCAAAAAUCAAACAAACGAGUGCAUAUAUUUUUCCCACUUGGAUUCUGGGUGCGUGUUUGUGACUGCGUUUCUCAUCGCCAAUUGCAGCUGCAGCAUCGACGGUUGCUUUCUGGACUUUGGGAACAAAAACAGACCUUGCGCCGCACGACGCCCAUUGAAAGUGCAUUAUGCUGUCAAAAAAUUGUCUGCUCAUGCAAAUGAUUGACCUGCCUUUUUGAGAAACGUGCACGAAAUUCAAACGUGAAACAAAAACAACGUACGCAAAAAUAAACCAAAAAAAAAACAAAAUGAUGAAAAAACACCCGAAGCAAUAAAAUGUCGAUUAAACGCAAAAAUCAUAAAUCAAAGCAACUUUUAAUUCCUUUACUUACAAGAGCAAUUUAGUAUAUACACACAUAUAUACUUACAUAUAUAUAUACACACAUAACGAGAGAAGAAGCAAAAUAUCAACAUUCAACCACCCACGCCCGAAAGCAUAAGUUGCUAAAGUAACGAAUUCGAAUUCGACAUCUUGGAUUAUACAAAAACCAUAUAGCAAUGGAUCUAAGUCUUGAACGCGAUAGCUCCGCGCUGGGCAGCCUGUUCCAGCAGAUCAUCAAUGACAUGAAGAACACAUCACCGCUUUGGGAGGAUUUCGUGGGAAAGGCCAGUAAGCUACACACUUGUUUGCGCGCUGCCAUUCAGGCUAUUGCCGCAUACUUGGAUGCUUUCCAAAAGAUUGCAGACGCAGCCACAAAUUCAAGAGGUGCAUCGAAGGAAAUUGGAACAGCACUGACACGUGUCUGCCUGCGACACAAGGCGGUCGAGACGCGCCUCAAGACAUUCACGACUGCAAUUAUGGAUUGCCUGGUGCAGCCGCUGCAGGAGAAAAUCGAAGACUGGAAACGCACAGUGGCCACCAUUGACAAGGAUCAUGCCAAAGAGUAUAAACGCUGUCGCACCGAACUCAAGAAACGCUCCAGCGACACUCUGCGACUGCAAAAGAAGGCCCGCAAGGGUCAAACAGAUGGCAUGCAAUCGCUGAUGGACUCACACAUGCAGGAUGUCACCCUGCGACGUGCCGAGCUCGAGGAGGUCGAGAAGAAGUCCCUCCGCGCGGCCAUGGUAGAGGAGCGACUACGAUACUGCAGCUUCGUUCACAUGCUGCAGCCGGUGGUGCACGAGGAGUGCGAGGUGAUGUCCGAGCUCGGACACUUGCAGGAGGCUAUGCAGUCAAUUGCCUUGGUAACAAAGGAUCCCAACGUAUUGCCCCAGGCAUCUGAGGAGCUCAUACAUGAUGCCAAGGCCAGCAUUAAUCUGUACCCGGAGUCGCCCAGCGGCGGUUCGGGCUCACAGGGCGGCGGUUGUUCCAACUCGCUGGGCUCGCGCAAGAGUUCCGUUUGCUCCAUCAGCUCCAUGAACAGCAGUGGUUCUAGCAAUUCUCCGGGUCAUCAUCACUAUCAGCGAUCGCUAUCUCAGUUUGUAACGCCCGCAAUACGCUUGAAACCUGGUGAAUCCAGUGAUAGUGGCUUUUGCUCAUCGCCAGCGCUAACAACACAGGCUUCCACUGCAACGAGUCAAACACACGCUGUCUCCACCUGGCCCCCACAUUCCCAGGAUGUUGUGGACACACUGCCGCCCACAGCGGAUCGUCCGCACACAAUUUCCACAGCCUACGAGAAGGGUCAUCAGCGUCCACCGUUGACGGUGUACACCUUUCAAAAUCCGGAGACCAUACACGAGGUUAGCUCCACCGUCCCCGGGAGCGGCAGUAACGUAAAUGGCGGCUCCGGUCAGAACACACCCGUUCCACAAAAGUCGCCAGCCGCCUCGCUCAGUCGCCCACCAUUGCCAGUUAAACCAGCACAUGUGCGCUGCUCCUCGUUAGAGCGCCCGUUGUCGGCUAACAGUAAUCAUCGCCAGAAUAGCGGCAAUCUGUUGCAGCGUCAGUGCCCAUCACCGAUUCCGGCUCAUAUCACGAAAGAGCUGUCCGCAGCACAUCAUGCUCAGCAACAACAACAGCAGCAACAAUACCAACAGCAACAGCAGCAGCAGCAGCAGCAACAACAACCACCACCCAUCCCGCCUACCUAUGUUAAUAUGUCCGAACUGGCCAACAUGGCGGCUUUGAAACUUACUAACCAGCAACAACAGCUGCAGCAAACCCAGCAAGCAACAUCCUGCACUGCACAAACACCAGGCACCAACAACUGUCCCAAGCCGGCGGCAUUGCAACAGCAAACAUCCAUUGAUUCCAUUUGCUCACAGCACUCGAAUGACUCGUCGACGGGUUCGCUGCAGCAGCAACAGCAGCAGCAUCAGCUACUGCAGCAACAGCACAUGAAUCAUGCACCACACAUCGCCACACGCUCCCAUUCCAUAUCCUCGUCGUCGGUGUCCUCAAACACGGCUUCACUGCACUCUCAUCCUUCCAUCGACUCGGCCGUUGCUACAUCACUUGUGGGCGGGCACACAACUACACCAUCUAGUGGCAGUUCCACGCCACAGAAUCAUUACUCGCCACUGCUAACCAACUCACCCACGUCCACUGCUGCAGGUACUCCGAGUGGCGGCAGCGUAGCGAGUGGCAUGACUGGCCUGGGCUUUGCGUACAACGUCAGCUCGCCGACACCGCCCUCGUCCUUGGCCAGCGAUGUGCUGAAAAUAACCGAGUUGGAGGCUCAAACAACAACUAUUGCACCACACAACAGCCACCCUAACACCGCUUCUGUAGUAACAGCAGCAUCUAUCGCACCACAAGCCAAUGAGAAUCAUCAGACUACUUCGGUCUCCUAUGCCCCCGAUACAGAAAACGCCAGCAUUGUGGAGAACGAUGAGAGAUCACGUGCUUCGGUCCUACAGAAGGCGUCUAUGUUUGAGAAGCAGGCUGCGGCCGUCGCCGCCGCUGCGGUAGCAACGCCUUCAGCAGCCGCCCCUUCGCGUCCCCCCGUCCUCCUGGACAACGGCGUGCGGCGUUUGGAGGAGACGCGCGCCGUCGAGCAACAGGAAAUGGAUAAAUCCUUUGAAGACUCAAUACAAGCUCUAAAUAAUUUAAUUGGCGAAUUAGACUCUUUCCAACGUGAGAUGGAUGAGGGCAAGGGCAGUUGCAAGCAGCGCAGCAGCAACAGUAACAGCAACAGCAACGACACAAUAGCAACAACAGCAACUGUCAACAGCAGCAACAACAAUGACAACAGCCUCGGCAGCAGCAGUAGUGAGAACGGCUCCAACAACAACAGCGAACCCUUUGCCGGCACCCAACUCCUUCAGGCCGCUGCCAAUGCAAUUGUCGAGUAUUGCGCGAGCAGCCAUCAAACCAAUUCCAGUGGCUGUGGCACCGACAUAUCCGACACCACGUCCGAUGAGCUGGCCGUCGAAGAGAGCAAUCUGGAGGGCAUGUCGCGUCUGCAUUUAAGUGGGAACCACGGAGGCGGCGGAGAGAGUGGCAGUGUCAAUUAUGCCAGCGAUUCGGAGCUGAGUCGCUGCUAUGUGAGCGAGACGAGUUCGCUGGCGGGCGGCAUGGUGAGCGCCGGCUAUGAGAAUCCCACUUUUGCGCAUUUUGUCGCCUCCACUCGAGAUGAUCCCUACAAUGGUGGCGCCGGUGGUGAAGGCCGGUCGCUCUAUGGCGGCGGCGGCGGCGGCAUUGUUGCUGCCGACAGCAUCUCCCUGGCGUCGGACAGUCUGUGCACGCCCCGGCACGCAUAUGUGGAUAAUGGCAGCGACAGCGGCAGCGCUGUUGUUGUCAUCUUUGAUCAUCAAAUACCGAACACCCCAGAUAUUGAGUUUGUCAAACAGAAUUCAGAGAUUGUGGUGCUGCGCACCAAAGAUCCCCAGCAGUUGCAGUUGCAUGAGAUGCGUGAGUUGCAACAGCUUCCGGCAAACCUGGCCGGCUCUCCAGAAUCCCCAGAUUCGGCCGUCAGUGUGCCGCACACAGCAACGGUGGCGCCCGCAAAACAGCGACUCUCCUCGUUUCGUGCCUCCAGCGAGCAGCAGCUUCAGCUUUUGGGACGGGCGAGUCCGCAGCGAUCGCUCCACGUGGACAGAGGUACGGAUAAGGCUAGUUUAGAGCUUCAGCAGGAGCAGCAAUCUGCGAUAGUUGGUGGUGAUGGCGGAGCGCCAAUAAGGCGAAAGCUGCCGCCAAAGCCCAGUUUGAGCAUUUUUAAUGGCCAGGGUCAGGGCCUGGGUCAGGGGCAGGGUCAACAGUUGAUACCGCCAGCGUUGCCAGGCAAGCCAAUAGUGGCUAGUAAAUCAGAUUUCAAAGCCGAUUUAGAUGCUAAGAUACGCAAACAAAAGCAGAAAGUGCAGCAGCAGUUGCUGUUACAGCAGCAGCAGCAGCAGCAGCAGCAACAACAACAGCAGCAGCAGCAACAGAGUAACCAACAACAACAAGUGCAACAGCAGUUGCAAGCUAACAAUAACCCACAAAUGCAGCAGCAGCAGCAGCAGCGGCAACAACAACAAACACACUCACAACAGUCGCCCCAAACAACAACAACAACAGCUACAACAACAACAACAACAUCAUCAUCAUCAACAACAACAACAACCAACUGUAAUGUCACUAAUAAACGUAUUGAUAUUGCAUCUGCAACCAUAAGCAUGGCUCCACAGCAAACAACGCAUCAUUAUCAAAAUCAUAGAAUGCUAACCCAAAAUCAAACAACCGCCACAACCACAACAACAACAAAACCAACAUCAAAUCAUGCUCCAUACAAAAAGAUAAACAUGCAAAUAGCCACAGCCUCAGCCACGUCAUUAUCAUUAUCAAACCCGCGGGCCACAUUGUCAUUGCCAUCAUCAGCCUCAGCCUCAGCCUCAUCACCAUUACUGUCAUCCACAACAUCAACAACAUCAGCAUUAUCUGUAACUACGCUUGCUCCUACAACGUUGCCCAAUGCCUUUGCGCCUGCGCCUGCCACCAACUCCUAUUCCAUCACCAAACCAUCGCAAACGACAACAGCAACAGCAACACCAAUAGCAGCAACAUCGACAACAGCUUUACCAAAUUCCAAUUCAUUUACCAUGUGCGGCCAUGCAGCUCCAAAUUCGGUCUCGGCGUCCAAUCCCAUCAAACCCUGCAUAACGCCGAGGCCGGCAUCCCUGUCGGGAGGAGGAGGAGGAGCCGGAGGUGGUUCCACGCGCAUCGCACGUCGUUCAUCGGUCAAUCAGGCGAAACCUCCACCCCCGGUGCGGCGCAGCUCGUCGGUGACCCCCAGUCCCAAUGCUACGGUUGGGCUGCAACAACAACAACAGCAGCAGCAGCAGCAACAACAGCCACAUAGCCACAGCUCAGCAACCAAUUUGUUGCAACACCAACAACAGAACGCAAUGACAAAUUCAAUCGAAAACCUACCACCACCUCCAGCGUAUCUGCUCGACGCUCUGCGCUCCACACAAUCCACGCCCAACUCGCCGCCAGCUUCAAUGCCCAGUUCGGCGCUGAAGGUGUCGGAGACGGUGCGUGCCUUGGCGGCCAUGCGGCAUCAGCCCGCCUCACCGGUUGCCUUGCGACGCAUGCAUCAGCAGCAUCAGCACCAGCAACACCAGCAACAACCGCCGACUCUGCAGCAACAGCAUCAGCAAUCGCUAGGCAACGACGAUACAGACUAUGAAGCUUACUAUAAUCCCUACAUGGAGGUACAUGCGUAUUCUCAUGCGCUGACCAAUGGCCAAAAGCACUUGCCACCGCCCCUACCGCCGCUUAAUUCUCUGCAGCAACAUCAGCAGCAACAGCAACAGCAACAGCAAUGCUUUUUGCAAUCACAGAAUCACUUUCAUCAGCAACAAGAGCAACAACAACAACAACAACAAUUGCAGCAUCACCCGCAUGAGUUUUAUUUGGCGCCACAGCAGGCAUCAGGCAAUGAGCUUGCCACUGCCCCCCAAUACGAUAGCAGCAGCGCCACGUUCCGCACCUCAUCACCCGGCGCUGGGGGCGGCAUAUAUGCGCAGCCCAAGCUCGUGAACAGCAUGUCUAGUUUUCGGACCAGCAGCCCGGGUCCGAACGGACAUGCUGCCCAUCAUCCACUGCCACCAACACAACCAAAAGCGAAUCCAAAUUUAAUAGCACAACUGAAUGCACGACUCAAUAGCAAGCAGCAGCAGCAGCACCAGCAACAACAACAGCAACAGCAUGCUGCUGACGGCAUUUAUGGCAACACAGGGCACUAUCAUCACCAGCAACAGAUGCAGAUGCAGCCUAAUGAGUCUAUCUACAUGCGCGGCAGUUCGCAAUCGCAACAGCAGCAAAACUACGACGCAGCUGCGCAAUCAGCGAACAUGCGACAAGCACAGCAACAACAGCAGCAACAUCAGCAGCAACAGCUGCAGCAACAGCAGCAACAGCAACAGCACUAUACUUGCCCACCGCCGCUCGAAGAUCCGCCACCGCCGCCCAUUUAUGCUGCAGGCGCUUCAGCAACCAUGCCCAAGAAAAUGGCACGCCCUCACAUCGGUAUUAACUCAGGCAGUGCUCAUAACAAUGCGCAGCAUUUGGCUGCCUUUGCUGCAGCUUCGUCCACAGCCACGCUACCCAAGUCGAUAUUACAACAGCAACGUUUACAGCAACAACAACAACAGCAACAAUAUCAACAGCCAACAGGCAUAGGCAAUGGCGGUGCUCCUAAUCAGCGGCCCCAACUGCCGUUGCCACAGCAACAACAGCAGCAACAGCAGCAGCAACACAAAUUGCGCGAGCAACAGCAACAACAACAGCAGCAGCAGCAGAGGCAACCGCCCAUACCGUCACGGCAUUCCAGCGUGCAGCAAAAGAUUUUUGUUUCGACAAAUCCAUUUAUACAAACGACUGCAGUCAAGUUUCAUUCGCCUGCUGCCUCGCCCACCUGCGGCUCGCCCGCGUCCUUGGCCAGCAUUUAUGGCACCACGGCUCGUGGUGCUGCUCAGCAGCACUAUCACCAACAACAGCACCAUCUGCAGCAACAACAGCAGCAGCAACAGCAUUAUUAUCGCGAUGUUGGUGGCUCCAAUAGCAACAGCAACAGCAGCAGCAAUGGCGGCAACUCGACUUAUUAUGCCAGCCACAAUGCCAACAACAGCACCCAUGUUCAUCAUUCAAACUAUGCCACGAGCACAAAUAUUGAAAAGACUGGCAGUAUACGCGCCAAGACAAAGGCCGAAUUCCUCGAGAAUCUCAAUGCGAAAUUGGCCAAGCAGGGCAUGUCUGGACGUGCAUUUGCCGUGCGAAAUCUCAUAAAUAGCAAAGCUUUGCCGGAUCCGCGUAUUUGUCAUGAAUCAUUGAUGGAUCAAAUAAAACGGGGCGCCACCUUGAAACGGAACCAGAAGAUUAACGAUCGCAGUGCGCCCAAGAUACAUUGAAUAUUAAACCUGCCAGCUGCAGGCUACAGAGUUUAGUUUGAAACUAAGAACUCGUAUAAUGCAUAAAAUUAGAUCUAAAACAUAUAAAAUACAGAUACAUACAUAUAUACCCAACACAUGAAAAAUAACAGAUUACAUGAUAUACAAGUACAUAUUUAACACACCUAUAGGCUAUAUUUUAAAACGCCCAUUAAGGUCAAUAAACCGAUAAUUGAAUUCGUUUGUGAGCGUAUUAAGCAACCGAAACGAAACAAAAUCAGAGCCGAAUGUGAAGCAAAAGGACUCUUCGAUUUUCGAUAUAGUUUAAUUUUUCUUUAUUAGUUUUUAUCUGAAUGAAAAAAUAUACCCGAAAUGGGAGAACAUUGAAGGCAAUCGGAAAUGCUAAAUGUUACUUUCUUGAUUAUUUCAAUUUUUGCUGUCGCAUUAUUUAUGUUAGAAAUUUGAACUCGAAUUUACGGAUAGUUACAUUUACUUUUGUCCUUUAUUAAAUAUUACUUUUAUAUAAUCAUAUGCCAAUAUUUAUAAUUUUUUCUUAUAUAACUUUGUUUAUGUAAAUAUCUCUAUGAUUUAAAAAUAAACUGAAACUAAUAUGAUGCCCAAAUAAUUUUAAAAAUGUGUAUUCAAUUUGUGUUAUUUGUUGAAUCUUUCGUUUUCGUUUUAUAAAGGCAACAACUGGUCAAUUAGAAUUUGACAAAAGAAACACGAAACAAUGCAUUUUUCCAAUAAUCAAAUAAUACCAUUAAAAAUAUAGUAUAUGUAUCA